GGAGAGAGAUAGCCAAUGGGAUGUCGCGGCGGUGCUGGAGCCGGCGCUUGGAGAAGACCCGGCUGCCGGGAGUGGAUCAGUCCGAGCGGCGGCGGCGGCGGGACCAGGAGAAUGUGGGCCACUCGCGGGCUGGCGAUGGCGCUGGCCCUGACGGUGCUGCCGGGAGGGAGCCGGGCCCUGCGGCCGGGGGACUGCGAAGUAUGCAUUUCUUUUCUGGGAAAAUUUUACCAAGACCUUAAAGACAGAGAUGUCACAUUUUCCCCAAGCAACAUUGAAAAUGAACUUAUGAAGUUUUGCAAUGAUGCAAAAGGAAAAGAAAACCGUUUGUGCUAUUACAUUGGAGCCACCAGUGAUGCAGCCACCAAGAUCAUCAGUGAAGUGUCCAAGCCUCUUAGCCACCACAUUCCUGUUGAGAAGAUCUGUGAGAAGCUAAAGAAGAAAGACAGUCAAGUCUGUGAGCUCAAAUAUGAUAAACAGAUUGACCUGAGCACAGCAGAUCUGAAGAAACUCAGAGUUAAGGAGCUGAAGAAGAUCCUGGAUGACUGGGGUGAAGUGUGUAAAGGCUGUGCCGAAAAGUCAGACUAUAUUCGCAGAAUUAAUGAACUGAUGCCCAAAUACGCCCCCAAAGCAGCUAGUUCACGGACUGAUCUUUAGUGUGCACAACGCUGUGUAGGCGUCUCAGAAGAAAUCACAGUUAAUCUGUUUCCAAACAGCCUUUUUGUAAUUUAUUUUUAAGAGGGCUCCUGAUGGUAUCAGAUCUGAAACCUGGGGCUUCAUUCAAGAUGCUGGUUCUACAGCUCCAUUGCGUCUCUCUCUCCAUACUGUUUCUUCUUCAUUUUUGUUGUUUCUUCAUUUAGGAUUUCACAAUAUGUAUGGGAUUUUUUUAUUAAAGUUUUAAAAAAAAUUAG